AUGUCCUUACCUCAACGUCCGGGGAAGGCUUCCCCGCGACGAGAAGAAACAUUUGACUCGUAUCGCGAAUCUUCGCGGAGGCGCCAUCGUACCCGCGAGUCGACAGGCCACCAUGAUCACGAAGACAGCUCCCCGUCGGGACAUCGCCACCACCGGCACCAUCGCUCACGCAGCUCCAGGAGACGAAGUGAUGCGGAUGUGGAGAGGGGCGACUGGGGGACAGACUCGAGGAAUCGAAAGAGCUUUGUGAAACCGGAACGCACCCGAGUGGACCAGAACCAUCCUCAUUACCACUAUCGCCAGAAGUCGCAGAACAUGCCAACCUACCCGUCCCAGACGGGGGACGGGCCGACGAUGGGUCGCGAACAGGAAGCAGACACAAACAGCUCACGAAGCUCGGAGUCCAAAGGGAAGACAGGGGUAUACGUCACUCAGGGAAAUGUCAAUCAGCCGAUGGAAAGAGUCCCCAAGAAACGUCGCAUCAAGAAGAGAAGAUCAUCUCGCAGAAUCAAGAAGACAGCCGCUGCUGCAGAAAGAGAACGCCAGAAAGCGCUGGAGCAGGUCCGUCCACCCAGUCCUUGGACCACCUAUUGCGCCAUCAUCACCUUCUGGGCCCCCGAUUUUAUCCUGAGGUGCUUCGGCAUGCCGCAGAAGGCCCAGAGAAGCGCCUGGCGGGAGAAGAUCGGAUUGAUCAGUAUCAUCUUGCUGAUUGGGGCAUUCGUCGGUUUCCUCACCUUCGGUUUCACGGCUACCGUUUGCGGCACUCCCCCGACUCGGCUUAGGGUCAAUGAAGUCAGCAGUAGCUACAUGAUCUUCCACGGUCAGGCAUACGACUUGUCGCACUCGACGCACCCAGCGGCCGCGGGCAUCCCGGCUGGGACUAACGUACUCUGGGAUUUAUCGCAUAAAUACGGAGGCCAAGACGGUAGCUUCUUCUUUCAAGAGGUCAAUGGAGAGUGCAAGGGCUUGAUCACUCUUGCCGAUGGAUCUGAUGUGCCUACAAACUCGGAUGGCGACCUUGCGUGGUACUUCCCGUGUCAUGCGUUCAACCAGGACGGUUCGUCCGAGCCGAACAUGACGGAGUCUUACUACCUCGGCUGGGCCUGCCACACUUCCGGGUCGGCUCGCAAGUCGUUCUAUAACUUGAAAAGCUCCGGUGAUGUGUAUUAUACGUGGGAGGAUACCAAGAAUAAGAGCAGGAAUCUUGCCGUCUACUCUGGCAAUGUCUUGGAUCUGGACCUUAUACGGUGGUUCGACACAACGCAAGUCAAAUACCCGAAGAAAUUUGAUGAGCUUCGUGAGAACUCGGCCGUGCGCGGGGUCGAUCUCACGUACUACCUGCAGACUGGCGAAGAGAAAAAGAUCGGCAAGUGUUUGUCUCAGAUCAUCAAGGUCGGCAGCAUCGACACCGACACGGUUGGCUGCAUUGCGUCCAAGGUGGUGCUUUACGUAUCACUGAUCUUCAUCCUCUCGAUUGUGGUGGUGAAGUUCAUCUUUGCCUUACUUUUCCAGUGGUUCCUGGCCAAGCAAUACGCCCCGGCUCGGACGAGUAUGGCAGCUGACUCCAAGACGCGAAACCAGCAAAUCGAGGACUGGUCAAACGACAUCUACCGCCCGGGCCCACGAGUCGCAGACCAGACUAUGCUGGAGCGGCCCGGUAAGAGGGCCAGCUUCUUGCCGACCACGUCUCGCUUCUCUAGUCCCUACACCGUGAGCAACGGGGGCAAGCAGAAAUACCAGUACGUGACGAUGGCCAGUCAGAACUCGACCACCCGCUUGGUGCCCGGUGGGAGCAACUCCGUGUACAGGCAGAACUACAACGAAAGCGGGGGUAGUUUGACGGCUGAUGGUUCGCGCCAUGCCAAUUCGGCGAGUCGAUCUAGCUUGGCACUUCAGGACUCCCGAUAUUCAACUGCGAUGCCGGAAUCGGAGUCUGCUGGACUAGGUGGCUUCGUUCAUGAAGCGGUCAUUCCUCAGCCCCCUCCCGAGUGGCAGCCGUAUGGCUUCCCCUUGGCUCAUUCUCUAUGUCUGGUGACUUGUUACUCGGAAGGUGAAGAGGGUAUCCGCUCCACGCUGGACUCAAUUGCCAUGACCGACUAUCCGAACAGCCACAAAACCAUCAUCGUGAUCUGUGAUGGAAUGAUUAAGGGUAAAGGCGAGGAGUUUUCCACCCCAGAGAUUGUUCUGCGCAUGAUGCGUGAUCCGAUCGUCCCGAUGGACGAGGUCCAGCCCUUCUCUUAUGUUGCCGUGGCCACCGGAUCCAAGCGGCACAACAUGGCCAAGGUGUACGCUGGUUUCUACGACUACGGCACAAACUCGAUCAUUCCCGAGGAAAAGCAGCAGCGCGUGCCCAUGAUGAUUGUUGUGAAGUGUGGAACACCGGCCGAAGCGAACCAGUCCAAGCCCGGUAACCGUGGUAAGAGAGAUAGUCAGAUCAUUUUGAUGUCUUUUCUGCAGAAGGUCAUGUUCGAUGAACGGAUGACGGAGCUGGAGUUUGAGAUGUUCAACGGGCUUUGGCUGGUCACCGGGAUUCCGCCGGACUUCUACGAGGUUCUUCUGUGUGUGGAUGCAGACACCAAGGUGUUUCCGGACAGUCUGACGCACAUGAUCUCGGCCAUGGUGAAAGAUCCGGAUGUUAUGGGAUUGUGUGGGGAGACGAAGAUCGCCAACAAGACUGACAGUUGGGUUACAAUGAUCCAGGUUUUCGAAUACUUCGUGUCUCACCAUCAGGCCAAGUCAUUCGAGUCGGUCUUUGGCGGUGUGACCUGUCUUCCCGGAUGUUUCUCGAUGUAUCGUAUCAAGGCGCCCAAGGGCGGGCAAAACUACUGGGUCCCAAUUCUCGCCAACCCGGACGUGGUCGAGCACUACUCGGAGAACGUCGUGGACACCCUCCACAAGAAGAACCUGCUUCUCCUGGGCGAGGACCGCUAUCUGUCGACACUCAUGCUCCGAACCUUCCCCAAGCGCAAGCAGAUCUUCGUGCCGCAGGCCGUGUGCAAGACCCAGGUCCCCGACAAGUUCAUGGUGCUGCUCUCCCAGCGCCGCCGGUGGAUCAACAGUACCGUGCACAACCUGAUGGAGUUGGUGUUGGUGCGCGAUCUCUGCGGCACCUUCUGUUUCAGCAUGCAAUUCGUCAUUUUCAUCGAAUUGGUGGGUACACUCGUGCUUCCGGCCGCCAUUGCCUUCACCUUCUAUGUUGUUAUCAACUCGAUCGUCCACCGGCCCGUCCAGGUGUUGCCCUUGGUUCUGUUGGCUUUGAUCUUGGGACUACCGGGUGUGUUGGUGGUGGUAACCGCCCACCGGAUGGUGUACGUGCUGUGGAUGCUGAUCUAUCUGCUGUCGCUGCCCGUGUGGAAUUUCGUGCUGCCGACGUACUCGUAUUGGAAGUUCGACGAUUUCAGCUGGGGCGACACGCGGCAGACGGCGGGCGGCAAAGACAAGGGCCACGAGGCGGGCGAGGGCGAGUUUGACAGCAGUCAGAUCACGAUGAAACGGUGGCGGGACUUCGAAAAAGGUGCGUUCCCAAGCAUGGCUUUCCUGCUAUACCCCACUUCUUCCGCCUUUUCCAUUUCAUUUAUUAUUGCCUUGAGCCCGGGCGUACUAACGUCGCUUCUUAAUAGACCGUCGCCUCCGCAUGCAAAUGCAAGCCAGCUAUCCUCCUUACCACCAUCAGCAUAA